ACCAAAAUGAAAUAUAAAAUCACUCAGGAUUUCUCAAUCACUGUUGCUUUCGAUUGCAUCCCAGAAGUAGGUUUAAAUAUUCCCUUAACCAGAAAAAGUGACAAAUGAGUUACUGAUUCAAUGUGAAAAGUUCUAAGUAUGGACUUUGGGAAUCAGAUAGAAGCCAGACUUUGAUUCAUUCUGCCACACCUUUAAAACUCUGAACCAGAUUAACAUGUCGUAGGAGGAAGGAUGCAUGCAUUGAUGCAGUUAAUCAGUAAAAGUGUGCUAAAGUGACUCACUGUGGAUCUAAUCUGUCUCUUGUUUGGAGAGACACCCCCAACAUUGACAUUAAUAAAAUUGAUUAAGGGGAGGUGCAGUAGAGCUGAGGUGGUUGAGUGGGGACCCUAUUCCCUCAUCCAGUCUUUUUCCAACUCUCUCCAGCUCGAAAGAAAUCACCAAGGAGGAGAGUCCCGGCCUCUAGGUCUGUAUCUGUUAGGGUUUUGAACAUUUCUUGCACCAUUCUUGGGAGUGGUAGAGGAUGAAGGAUCGUCUGAAGGAGAUGAAUGGAUGGCUGGAUGAAAUGCGGGAAAGUGAGGAACUGAGAGUCGCCAACGAUCCAGCAAAGGAUGAGAAAGAAGGAGAAGAAUUGAAGAUGUUGUGUGGAUGGAGAAAACAGGGGAAUGUUUGGUGGUUCAUUUCAAGUAUCCCUGCGGCAAAGGCUAUCAAAUUCUUCUCUCUGGAGGCAAAUGUUACUACAAACUCAUGUAGGUUCAUCUUUCAAAUGUCAUUUGAGGAAGUGAUGCUGUUGUGAAUCAUUCCUUUAGACUGCUAAUUUGGAGCCCCCAUUAAAUGUGCUAAAAACAAAAGUAAAUUAAAUUAUACUGGGCCUUAAGGUUAAAUUUUAUUGGGCCUGCUUUAUUUGGGGUUUUUUUUUAGGAUUCAGUUGGUCUCAAUUUUUAAAUUGUUUAAAGAUAAUUCCUCUCCCAUUUUUUUCUUAAAGAAAGUUGCCUUUUCCAA